AUGCCCAUACCACGAUAUCACACUUUACUCUUCGUCCAGACAGACGCUCAGGGUCUAGGUAGUGGCAUCAAGCACCACGUUACGGGUGACGUUGUGACAGACAUGCACUACGAGUCAGCAAAAUACGAAAACCCCGAGACGGACGAGAACUUCUUCUCGACGGAUCUCCUUGGGCAUACCAGAGCUCUCAACUAUCCCAAGAACUGGAACGAUCUUCUUCAGUCUAUCCCAGCGCCACCGAAGCAGAAGGCUUUCAACCAAGUGACGAUGAAGACGGAGCCCGUCAAGAGCUGGGAUCCUCUGACGUUCUACGAGCCUGGAGAGCCUCGUCGGCCAUUAAUUCAAUGUACGGAGUGGAUUGAGGACCAGGCAAUCCCGAUUUUGAUUAAUGCGGGCCUGAUUCAGUGGAGGCAUGAGUGUAUCGCUGGUGCGUAA